AUGAAAACCAUCGGCAUCUUCCCAGCAUCAGGGGGUCUAGGCACCUCCACCUACCACCACCUCCUGGCUCUGGUCCCCAAGGACAAUGUCAUCCUCAUCAGCCGCCACCCCCACAAAGUCCCCAGGAACUACACCCAAGCCUGUGUCCGAACGCGAGAGGCAUCCUACGAAACAGCGCCCUCUGACCUCGAAAAGGUCUUCACCGGCAUCGAUGUCCUGUUUCUAAUCUCCUACCCAAGCCACGUCAAAGACUACCGCAUCAAAGUCCAGCUCCCAGCAAUCGACGCAGCCCGCCGCGCUGGUGUCAAGCAUGUCUUUUACAGCUCUCUGGCUUUUGCUGGAGAAAGAGACUCUACCAGGUCAGUGGCUGAGGUGAUGCAGGCUCACCUUGCCACCGAGGGGCACUUGAGACAUUUGGCGGAGACAGCACCUGGUUUCACCUACACGGUGAUCAGAGAGGGAAUUUAUUCCGAGUCGACACCCAUUUACACCAGCUUCUUCGAUCCGCACUUCCCUGAUGCCUCGCUUGUUGGGAAUGAGAUUCUUGUCCCGCAUGAUGGUAAGGGGAAGGGGGUGGCCUGGGUGAAGAGGGAUGAGCUUGGAGAGGCGUCUGCGAAGCUCAUUGCACAAUAUUCAUCCGCGCCGGAAAGCUUCCAGUAUGUGAACCAGGUUGUAUUGCUGACAGGCAACAAGGAGUGGAGUUUGGAGGACACGGUGAAGGUGCUUGGGGAGGUUGCUGGGAAGGACUUGAAGAUAAGGGAGAUACCUGUGCAUGAGUGGGUUCGGCUUCCACAAGUAAAGGGCUACUUCAAAAAUGAGGAGGAUGCCAGGACUUGGGCUACUGCUUGGGAGGCUAUCAGACAAGGUGCUACAGCGCCAGUGACGGGGGACUUGGAAGAAAUUCUGGGAAGAAAGCCUGAAGAGUUUGAUGUGACGCUCAAGGGGGAAACACGUGCAACCACAGAGCAGUAA